CGGGCUUCCUGUAGCCGAACAUGGCAGCUGUGGGAGAGGCAGGGUGGCCGGAGAUAGACAAGGUAGAGCGGGAGAAGCGGAGAGAGCUGGUGCUGCAGGGGCCCGGUGUGGAUGAGAAGCUCCGCCUGUGUGCCGGGCAGCUGCCCUCUCAGCUCUUUUCCCUCACUCUUCUCAACUACCUGGAAGUGAGCGGCUGCUCGGAGCUGAGAGAAGUUUCCCCCGGCCUGGGGCGCCUUAUACACCUGCAGAACCUGGUCCUAUGUCGCAACAAGUUGCGCCUACUCUCCCCGGCUGUCGGCCAGCUGAGUGCCCUGCGCUUGUUGGACGUCUCCGGAAACCAGUUAGAGGUGUUGCCGGCGGAGCUGUGUGGCCUGCCUGAGCUUUGCACCAUCAAUGUCAGCUGCAACCAACUGCAGGAGCUUCCCCCGGGCCUGGAGCGCUGCACCAAACUGGCCGAGCUCAACUUGUCCCGGAACCGGAUCUGCGCACUGCCCCCUGGGCUUCUGUGCCGCCAGCUGCCGCUCCUUGCCUCCCUCUCUGCUGCCGACAAUCAGAUCCAGGAGCUGGGAGGGGACAUUGGCCUGCUGCCUGGGCUCAAGAGCCUUGAUCUCUCCAAUAACCUGCUCACUGACAUCCCAUAUGAACUUGCGGACUGCUCCAAGCUGAAGGAUAUAAAUUUCAAGGGCAACAAGCUGAAAGAUAAACGUCUGGAAAAGAUGGUCAAUGGAUGCCAGACAAAAUCUGUGCUUGAGUACCUAAGGGUUGGUGGCCGGGGAGGUGGGAAAGGUAAAACAAGGACAGAGAAUGCAGGAAAAGAAGAAACAAAGGAGAAGAAGAAAAAGAGAGACCGAAAACAGAAGGAAAGUGGUGGCGAUGAAGAGGAAGAUGUGGCAGAGCUGAAUAAAAUGAUGUUGAAAAUCUUGCAUAUUUCAGAGAAUCCAACACCAGUUGUAGUGAAUGUUAGCCCUAGCACAAAAGAUGUACGUCCAUACAUUGUAUGCUGCGUGGUGAAAGGAAUGAACCUCAAGCCAGGCAAUGCUCUGAAAAGGUUCCUUACUGCUCAGACCAAGCUCCAUGAUGAAAUGUGCGAUAAAAGGACUUUAGCUACUAUUGCCACUCAUGACCUGCGUUUGGUGAAAGGACCUCUAUUGUAUGACGCCAGACCACCUAAAGACCUCAAGGUUGUUCCCUUGGGUCGCAAAGAGAUCAAUGCAAAGGAUCUUGUUCGGCAGCUGCAGUUUGAGGCAGAGGAGCAAAGGAAGCAAAAAAAGCGACAGAAUGUCUCUGGACUUCACAAGUACCUUCAUUUAUUGGACAGCAAAGAAAACUAUCCAUGCUUAAUUGAUACUGAAAAUGCAGUCAUUUCCUUCCCACCAAUCACAAAUAGCGAAAAGACAAAGAUCUGGAAAAGCACCCAAAAUGUCUUUGUGGAAGUGACAAGUGGCACCAGCCUGCAGGUCUGCAAAGAUGUCUUGGACACACUUAUCCUUAAAAUGGCAGAACUCCAUAAGUUUACAUUGGAAAACAAAGAGCCGGAAGCCAUUUCAGACUCUGAGCCUGAAGCAGUGGAUAAGCAAGAGCCGGCGGCCAAUAAUAAUCCUGAUGCAGAGACUGGCGCUCAGCUCAUAGUGGAACAAGUGCGCGUUGCUGACAUGGAUGGAAACCUCAAGGUUUUAUAUCCUUCCAAAACAGACCUGAACCUCAGUUCUUCAGCCUUCAUUGUCGUGCGCUGAGUUAAAGCUGGUGUUAUAGAAUGGUUCCCAAAAAGCACUUUCCUUCCAUGGAACACAGAAAAGCCCCUCUCAGCAAUUGUUAUUUAUGCUAUUCUUUCCUUUUUUAGCUCUUCUGUUCUCAAAGAAAAUGUUUACAUAUUGUUAUAAUAUUAAUUUGGGCCUAAAUAGCAUUUGAAACAAGCAUGUACAUUGUAUUGUACACAGGGUCCCUGAUUCUUUAUUUUAAAUAUAUUGAGGGGCGGGACAAAUAUUUAUAAAUUUUUGUUAAAAUGCCAAAA